CAGACGCUCGCGAGUCGCCCCCCGCGCUCUUUCACCUCCUCUUCCUCCCGCACGCCCCCAGACGCUCCCCUCGGCCGGCUUUCUGUAGCCGUCUCCUCCUUCCCCCUUUUCUUCCCCCCUUUCGCCUCCCACAUUGUCUGCCUCAUUUUCUCCCCUAGUUGAGGGUGGGGGGUGGUGGGAAUCACCAUCAUCCUCCGGGAGACCCCUCGCCCUCAGGAAAAAAAAAAGCAACAACAAAAAACCAGACAUGAGCCUGGGUGCUUGUUUCUGAAGGCUUUGCCCCGCCCAGGAGGAGAGAGGGUAGUUUAAAGUCGCAUUAAAGGUCACGGCAGGGAAGCCCCCCCACCCCCUACAGCCCUGCCCCUCGCGUCCCAGCGGGCCGCCCUCCUCGGCCCUGAGCCCGGCCGCCCGCAACCCUGCCCGCGGCCCUCCCGCCCCGUGCCCUCCACUUCGAGGAGCUGGGCCACAAACACCCCUAUAUUGAUGGUGUAGCGCAUUAGGGGAAGCACUUUUGAAACGUUGGGGUUGUUGGAGUGGUUGGAUUUUUCCUGGAAUUGAGUGAGAAAUUCAGAAGACUGAAGCCCAGGCUUACUGUCUACCUUUCACGGAGGCCUAGCCGUGAGAGGACAGAAGAAGGCACGUGGCGAAUCAUGACUGCUGACAAAGACAAAGACAAAGACAAAGAGAAGGACCGAGACCGAGAUCGGGACCGAGAGAGAGAUAAAAGAGACAAAGCCAGAGAGAAUGAGAAUUCAAGACCACGGAGGAGCUGUACCUUGGAAGGGGGAGCGAAAAAUUAUGCUGAAAGUGACCAUAGUGAAGACGAAGACAAUGACAACAAUAGUGCCACCACAGAGGAGUCCACAAAGAAGAACAAAAAGAAACCGCCGAAAAAAAAAUCUCGUUAUGAAAGAACAGACACUGGCGAAAUAACCUCCUACAUCACAGAGGAUGACGUUGUCUACAAACCAGGAGACUGUGUGUAUAUCGAGAGUCGGAGGCCAAACACACCGUACUUCAUUUGUAGUAUUCAAGACUUCAAACUGGUCCACAACUCCCAGGCCUGUUGCAGAUCUCCAACUCCUGCUUUGUGUGACCCCCCAGCAUGCUCUCUGCCGGUGGCAUCACAGCCACCACAGCAUCUUUCUGAAGCCGGGAGAGGGCCUGUAGGGAGUAAGAGGGACCAUCUACUCAUGAACGUCAAAUGGUACUACCGUCAAUCUGAAGUUCCAGAUUCUGUGUAUCAACAUUUGGUUCAGGAUCGACAUAAUGAAAAUGUUGUAGUGAUGGAAAAGAAUCUUGAAUGUACAGAAGAACAAGCAUCUGUCUUUGAAGAAGUGUAG